GUUCCGCAGACGGCUGGAACUGUUUUCUGACCGGAAGAGCUUGAUCAUGAGUCAAGAAACGCAAGAGACAACCCAGUUUAGACAGCCACGCAGCUGUUGAUCGGCACUGCUGCGAUCUGCAGUAAUUUGCCGAAACAGCAAGAAUGUACCAGUUGGGGUUUGUUUAGAGGCGAGCGCAAGACGUAGAACUGGAUUCUGUGGCGCUAGGAGAUGCUUAAUUUUUCCUUCUUUUGUGUAACACAUUAUUGUUGGCAAGUUUUGUACAAGCAAUACAAGGCAAAAUGGCCCCUUCUGCUGUUGCAUAAGAUACUCUGAUUGUUUUAUGGAAGCUUUGCCUGGAUAUUCUUGGAGCUUUGCGCAAACAGCGUUGCUAAUUCAGAAAUCUUUCGCAAUAUGGCUGCAAAAACGUCAUCCUACAGAAGUUAUUCAAAUGCUAUUGCUGAAUACACCGCAACUGUAGAGCGCCUGCGGUCACGUCGGAGUUCCAUUCAGGAUUCUCCCGAAACGGCCCGUCGCGACAGUCUGCGGUCAUCCAGUCUUGCGCCGCGCAACAGUAUAAGUAUUGGCUCAACACCCCCUUCCUAUUCAUCUUCUUCACUGCGAUCCAGUUAUGUCCCACGUGCUCGAAGCAGCCUCAGCACCAGUAGCACGGCUACGUAUACUUCACCCUCUCUGGCAGAGAAACGACAGUCAUGGCGCGCUUCCCUACUCGACCUCACCGACAGCUCCGCAGGUGAAUCAGCAAGCGGUAAGGAUUUGCCAUCACGCAUCUCCACUUCAUCGUACAGCCGAUCCUCGGAUGUGAAUUCGAUAUCCGCUUACGGAACACUGCCAAAGCGGAGAACGUAUACACGGGAAGAAUCUCUCGAUCGAGCACGAGAAAUCUUGGCCAAAAGCUCUGGACAGCCAUAUAAAAAAGAAACCGAGAGUAGGCUGACCACGAUAACCGCGCCGCCGGUAUCGCUUUCAGCCAGCGGCUUGCGACCCAGGCGGGAGUCAUCUGCGCCGCCCGUUCACCUGAACCAACAGGACCGUGACAGCGGCAUUGAGUCGUUAGCGUCUUCAAGGACAUCUAGUUAUGAUCGCUCCAGCAGUCUGUCCGGAAUUUCGACGGGGUCAUCGCACAGCCGACGCUUGGAUGGCGUAACAUCUGCUUAUGCGAGUCAGCUGUCGUCACGCGAUGUAUCGCCUGUUCGUGGUGCCCGAACGCCCGAGUUAAUACCAUACGGAAUGCAUCGAGAAAAGACGCCAGACAUACCAGCAGAUUCUGAAAUUCCUGGAGAUUCCAAAAAGUCAGCCAGCGACUCCGUGGAAAACAAAGAAAAUAUCAUCGACAGCAAUCUAAGCGACACAAGCCGAAAAUACCGCACACCGCUACGGAGCUCAAUAUACAGUGAUCGGUCUUCAGUACUAAAUGGCGAGCACAGUGGCGGUUACUCUGCCUACUCGCGCGAUUACACUUCACCGUCUCUGUAUUCCUCCUAUCGUCGUGAUAGUAGAGGAAGGUUGACAGAACUUUCACGGAACACCGAUGCGCCAUUGAACGCGAGUGAAAAUGGUGGAGAAACGGGGGAUAACGAAGACCGUGGAUAUCGAAGCAAUGCUUACUCUUACACCCGCUCCCGAUCACCUUUAUCCAGAAGACUGCAGUCGGCACGCAAGAGCAUCACGGUCGAUGAAUCGGAUCGAGCCGGACUAAUUGGUCUGAAAAAUAUUGGCAACACUUGUUUCAUGAACUCCAUCCUGCAGUGCUUAAGCAACACUAAAGAUCUAAGGGACUACUGUAUGUCUGGAGAAUUCCAGUCCGAACUAUGCUCGACAUCCACGCAUAAAGAAAGCCCGCUUAUUUCUGCUUUCGCAACUGUAAUGGAGGCCCUUUGGAAGAAAGGCUCGAGUUAUUCAAGUGUCAACGCUUAUGAUCCCGAUCGUUUCCACAGAAAAAUCCAGCAAUACGCACCGCGCUUUGCCGGCUACUUGCAACAAGAUGCCCAAGAGUUUUUAAGAUAUCUUCUGGAAGGCCUCCACGAAGAUGUAAACCGUGUUACCGGUAAACCCAAACCUGAGACUCAGGAUAUCCCGGAUCAUUACACCGAUGUGCAGAAAUACGCGGAAGCAUGGAAACGGUAUCUACGACGGGACAACAGUAAAUUAGUUGAUUUAUUUGUGGGCCAACUGAAAAGCUCCUUGGUUUGUGAUACAUGCGGGCACUGCUCGGUGACCUUUGAUCCCUUCUGGGAUCUGGCGCUUCCCAUACCGGAUUACCGCAGUUCAGCAUUGGGCGACAGUAACGUAUACGACUGUCUAAAGUUGUUUACUAAGAAGGAGAUACUGGAUGGCGACGAGCGACCGAACUGCGAACGAUGCAAAUCCCGGCAGCGCUGCACCAAAUUCUUCACGAUUCAACGCUUUCCCAAAUACCUUGUGAUCCAUCUGAAACGCUUCUCCCAGGAGCGCUACCGAGCCAAGAUAUCCAGUUUGGUCGAGUAUCCUGUUGAUGGCCUGGAUCUUUCUCCGUUUGCAGCUGAUUCCUACGCGGGUCCGAGGCCGUCGUUUAGCUUGUACGCAGUAUCCUGUCAUGCUGGCAGUACACACUGCGGCCAUUAUACGGCGUAUUGCAAACAACCCGGCACUGGAAACUGGAGCGAAUACAAUGAUUCUCGGGUUAGCAAUGCGUCAGCGAAGGACGCCAUCACUCCAGAUGCUUACGUUCUGUUUUACGAGAUGGGUCACUAAUCGUAUGCUUCUUGAACACAAAGUACGAUUCUGUUGUGUCAUGCUAGCGCAGGAGAAUUUGAACAUUAACUUAAUUUCAGAAUAAUGGCGGCCGCAAAUUUAUUGGUACUAAUCAAUGGUUAUCGGCAUUCCAGUGUGCAGGCACAUAACAAAAAAUAUAACUAUUAGAACUCCACCUUUUAUCGAUCGUCUUACUGUUGAGCCCAUAUAUUGAUUCUUGGAUUUGUACCUAUAAA